AUGGUGGAAAAGAAUCCCAAGUCAGGUGCCAAGAAGAUUGUAGAGGCAUAUGGUGGUUCAAAAAUAUGGAAGCCAGACUAUUUGUUUGUAAAAGCGCCUGAGAACUUCUGUGUAGCAUGGAACUAUCGAGAAACCAAUGAUUUAGAGGCGAUAAAGGAUGAUUGGACUGACAAGGAAGAUGAGGAAGUCGAGGAGUUUGAAGAAAACCUAAAGAAACUGAUGAAGUACCCAAAAGUCAUGUCGUCGGGAAAUGCUACUUCCGAACUUUAUGGUGACGCCGACCCCUUGAAUGUUGUGAACUCAGAUGAAGAAACCUCAACAACAAAACCAGUGGUAGAGAAGAAGAAGAAAAAGAAGAGGAUUGUGAAGGAUUCUAAGAAAGGGCUGAGGAAGAAAUCGAAGAAGAAUACUCCUGUCGAGGAGAAAAUAGAGUCGGCUAAGCAAGGAGAGAAGACCAUUCCUCCGGCUAUUGAGGAAUCAUGGAUUCCCCCAACAGAGCAGUCAGCAACACCAAACGUCGAGGAGGAGACGCGCACAGUGAAUGAAGCAGGGCCAAGCACUAAACCCCCUGUUGUGGAAAAAGGUAAGGGCCCUCUCGAGGGGAAUGUGACCAUUCUGCCUGCCCAGCUAUUCGAGAGAGGCCCCUCUGCUGCAGUUUAUACUUUCAGUCCACUAGCAAUUGACUGCCCCCUGCUAGAGGAUUUUGCCACUUCACUGGCCAAGGCAGACAGCUUAAAAUUGAUGAGCACAGUCAUGAUGAACUGCACAAAGUGCUCGAGAGACUUAAGACAGGAAUUAGUGGAAGCUCGUGUCGAAAGAGAUCAGGCCGUGAACGAGAAGGAUGUUGCCCUCCUCUGCCACUGGCCUGGUGAGGAGUUAGAGGUCCCUGAGGUGCCUAACAAAUAUAUUGGCACUGAGCUUGAGGAGGAUGAUGAUGAUUACGCCUCGGAAGAGGGUGAGACUCAUAACUCAGGAGCCAAGAAAGACGGCCCUCCAGCAGACGAGAAUGCCGGCGGAGCCAAGGGGAACGAUCCCCCCAUCGAGAGAGCAUCCGAGAGUCACCCAGAAAAUACUCCUCACUCCCAAGAAGCUAUAUGA